AAAACUCGUUGGAGAUUUAGGGUUUCGCUCACUUCAGUAGUCUCAGCUUGGCAGCUCCUCAGCCCCACCCUCAAUCCUACCAGUUGCAGCGGCAAGGCAACUUCGCUCUAUCAUCAUGGGGAAGACACGUGGAAUGGGAGCUGGUCGUAAACUGAAGUCCCACCGUAGGAGGCAGCGGUGGGCUGAUAAAUCUUAUAAGAAAUCUCAUCUUGGCAAUGAAUGGAAGAAGCCAUUUGCAGGGUCAUCUCAUGCAAAGGGGAUUGUCCUAGAGAAAAUUGGCAUUGAAGCUAAACAGCCUAACUCUGCCAUUAGAAAGUGUGCUCGAGUUCAGCUGAUUAAGAAUGGGAAGAAGAUAGCUGCUUUUGUACCCAACGAUGGUUGUUUGAACUACAUUGAAGAGAAUGAUGAGGUGUUGAUUGCUGGAUUUGGUCGAAAGGGACAUGCUGUGGGAGAUAUUCCUGGUGUUAGGUUCAAGGUUGUGAAGGUGUCUGGUGUCUCGCUUUUGGCUCUCUUCAAAGAGAAGAAGGAGAAGCCAAGAUCUUAAGUACUUCAAGGUCAAGUGCAAGUAUCUUCUGAAUGAAUUUUUGUUAGGAUCAGCUCUUUUUUUUUUUUUUCAUUUUCCCCAAUCUUUUACUAUAGUUUGUCAUGUGGUUCUACAAAUACCUGCCAUUUGUUUCACCUUCUGUUAAUGAAUGAUGAAUGAUAUUCUGAUGGAAUUUUGAGCUGUUGGAGGUUGAAUGUGUGCUGUUAUUAGUUUUC